CUCUUUCUUUACUGUGCAUUUCAAACCCAAAAAUCCCUCACUUGUGUCUCAAUCAGAAAGUGAUUGGCCACAAAAGAAAAACACUUUACUUCAUCACUUGUUCAUUUUUUUUUGCUGCUUCAGUCAUUCACAUUCAUAAUAUAUUCUUCACAAAAUUCAUUCUCUUCUGUUACUUUCAUGGCGAUCUCGAACAAAGUGUCACCUUUUUUGUUGUUAUUGAUGAUGUUGAAGCUUGGUUUCAUUUGGGUUCCACUUUUUGGUCAUAAGGGUCAUCAAUUUGCUUGAUACUAUUUAGCAUAAACAAUUGACCCUGCUUCUUCUUUUUCUUCAUCUUAUUGUUCUUCUACAAACCCUUUAAGUUUCAAAGCAGGGUCCUCACUUUUUUUCUUCUUCUUUUUAGUUUGGUGGGGUUCUUUAGUUUCUUCAUCAUUUUGCACUUAUUAAUGGAUCCCAUCUUGUUAGUUCUUUUGGGUAAUGUUUGAUUUUACUAGAAAUUAGUGUUUUUUUGUGUGUGUGGGGAUGGAGUACAUUGGAAAGUGGGACGGUGGUAUGAGUGAAUGUAAUAAUAGUUUUGAGGAAAUUGAGGAUGGGGGCUCCAAGCUAGGGUUCCAUGUGUUUGUGUAAUUGCUAAAUUUUGUGUCUUUAAAAAGAGGAGAAAAAAAAAGGUAAUAAAGCUUCUUAUGAAGCUUUCAACAUCAGGAAUGAGUCAGCAAGGACAUGAAGGAGGGGAGAAGAAGUGUUUGAAUUCUGAGCUAUGGCAUGCAUGUGCGGGUCCAUUGGUGUCCCUACCAACUGCAGGGACUCGUGUAGUUUACUUCCCUCAAGGUCAUAGUGAGCAGGUUGCUGCCACAACCAACAGAGAAAUUGAUGGUCAAAUACCGAAUUACCCGAGCUUGCCGCCUCAGUUGAUAUGCCAACUUCAUAAUGUUACAAUGCAUGCAGAUGUUGAAACUGAUGAAGUGUAUGCUCAAAUGACACUACAGCCGUUGACUCCGCAAGAGCAGAAAGAUACGUUUCUACCUAUGGAAUUGGGGAUUCCAAGUAAGCAGCCAUCAAAUUAUUUUUGCAAGACAUUGACGGCGAGUGAUACCAGCACACAUGGAGGGUUCUCUGUUCCUCGUCGUGCAGCUGAGAAAGUUUUUCCUCCAUUGGAUUUCUCACAGCAGCCUCCUGCACAAGAACUAAUUGCUAGGGAUCUCCAUGACACUGAGUGGAAGUUUCGACAUAUUUUUCGGGGACAGCCAAAACGGCACCUUCUUACCACUGGGUGGAGUGUAUUUGUUAGUGCCAAAAGACUUGUAGCUGGAGAUUCUGUGCUUUUCAUUUGGAAUGAAAAAAAUCAGCUUCUUUUGGGAAUACGCCGUGCCAGUCGGCCACAAACUGUUAUGCCAUCAUCAGUUCUUUCCAGUGAUAGUAUGCACAUUGGACUUCUUGCGGCUGCAGCUCAUGCUGCAGCAACUAAUAGCUGUUUCACCGUGUUCUAUAAUCCAAGGGCUAGUCCAUCCGAGUUCGUCAUACCACUUUCAAAAUAUAUCAAAGCUGUGUACCAUACACGUGUUUCUGUUGGUAUGCGUUUCAGGAUGCUUUUUGAGACUGAAGAAUCAAGUGUGCGCAGGUACAUGGGUACAAUAACUAGCAUAAGUGAUAUGGAUCCUGCUCGGUGGCCGAAUUCUCAUUGGCGGUCUGUUAAGGUCGGUUGGGAUGAAUCGACAGCUGGAGAGAGACAGCCACGGGUAUCUUUAUGGGAGAUUGAGCCUUUAACUACAUUUCCAAUGUAUCCAUCACUAUUUCCCCUUCGAUUGAAACGACCGUGGCAUCCUGGCACUUCUUCUUUUCUUGAUGGCAGAGACGAAGGGCUAAUGUGGCUGAGAGGUGGUCCUGGAGACCAUGGUCUUAAUUCUCUGAAUUUUCAAGGUGCGGGAUUGUUGCCCUGGAUGCAGCAGAGACUGGGUCCAACUUUGCUCGGAAAUGAUCAAAAUCAGCAAUAUCAAGCCAUGUUGGCCGCUGCUGGUUUGCAGAACCAAGGGAAUGUCGAUCUAUUGAGGCAACAAAUGAUGAAUUUUCAACAGCCUUUCAAUUAUCUUCAACAAUCGGGAAACCUCAGUCCUUUGCAGCUUCAGCAGCAGCAAGCAAUUCAACAAUCCUUAUCGACUAAUAUCCUGCAACCACAAGGCCAAGUGUUGGCACACAACAAUCGUGAAAACCAAACGCAGCAAGCGCAACAGCAACAACACAGUUAUCAAGAUUCGGUUUUGAUUCAAGGUGAUCCACUCCAUCAGAGGCAACACUCUAGUUUGCCGUCACCAUCAUAUUCAAAACCAGAUUACUUAGACACAGGCAUGAAGUUUUCUGCUUCAGUUUCGCCGAGUCAAAACAUGCUCGGUUCACUUUGUUCAGAAGGGAGUGGCAAUCUGUUGAAUUUAUCCAGAAGUGGUCAUUCUAUGCUGAAUGAACAGUUACCUCAACAAUCAUGGGCCUCAAAGUAUUCACCUUCGCAGGUCAAUGCCAUUGGCAACUCUUCAAUGUCGCACAUGCAGUAUUCCGGAAGAGAUACGGCAAUGGUACCACCGCAUUGCAACUCAGAUUCCCAAAAUUCCAUUCUGUUUGGGGUCAAUAUCGAUUCAUCUGGUCUUCUGCUCCCUACGACUGUCCCUCGUUAUACUACUGCAUCUGCUGACACCGAUGCAUCCACAAUGCCUUUAGGGGAGUCUGGUUUCCAGGGUUCUCCAUAUCCUUGCAUGCAAGAUUCAUCGGAGUUGUUGCAAAGUGCAGGGCAGAUUGAUAACCAAAACCAGACGCCGACAUUUGUAAAGGUAUACAAAGUAGGUUCCGUAGGGCGCUCACUUGACAUCUCGCGAUUCAACAGCUAUCAUGAGCUGUGGGAGGAGUUGGCUCAGAUGUUUGGAAUUGAGGGGAAAUUUGAAGAUCCUCUUAGAUCAGGCUGGCAGCUUGUAUUUGUCGACAGGGAGAACGAUGUUCUUCUCCUUGGAGACGAUCCGUGGGAAUCAUUUGUCAAUAAUGUUUGGUAUAUCAAAAUACUUUCUCCUGAAGAUAUUCAGAAAAUGGGAGAACAAGCCAUUGAAUCCCUUGGUCCAAGUUCUGGACAAAGGCUGAAUAACACUGGUGCAGAAUCUCAUGACAUUGUUUCUGGGCUACCAUCAUUAGGCUCACUUGAAUACUGAGAUAAGAUCAUAAAGUAUUCCUUCCGAUUCCACGGUCACGACGGCAACUACUACUAUUACUACUUGUUUGUUACUUAUGUUUGAACACUACCUAUCAACCUUGCAUAUUUGAAUAUAUUCUGUAUUGUCUAUUCCACUUUCAUUAUUAUUAUUUGUUCUAGGAUUGUUGAAAUUAUCAAAAAAGAAUGAUGAGAAACUUAGGACAAACUUUUAUGCCAAUUUGUAAACUUGUGUACCUCAAGCAGAAAUUUAGUGUUACUGCUAUUGUAGCAUUUGCUUA